CUGGAAGUUGAUUGGUUGCACCUGAGCUUAUGUUCAGGUUGCACCUGAGUUUAGGUUCAGCUUAAGUUUAUAACGGUAUACUCUAAGGGGCUGACCACUUGACCAAACCAGUUUGACAUGGCUGAAAAUGACCAAGGACUAAAAGCACAACGUGGACUUCCAAACCUAGUUGUGCGUGAGUUUGAGCUGGCAGACAAAGCAGAGAUACAGCAGAUCUUUUAUGAAGGGAUGAUGGAGAUGGUGGAAGACACCGCCUUCCGAGGCUUGAGACAUCACCCUGAGAGUCUCCUGCUCUAUGCUGCUGUGACGGUUGUGUGUUUUGUCAUCACCAUGUGUUGGUGGGUGAUAAUACUCCUCCCUGCAAUUGUCCUCUGCGGGCGCUACUUCUACAGCAGACGUGUGAUCCACAGUUACCUGGAGCACUCGAUGAGCAGAGACAUGGGAGACCUUGAAGGGUUUUACAUGAAUUCAGCAGACUCCUGUAUGUGGGUCGCAGUGCUGGGCGGUAAAGUGGUGGGUCACGUCGCAGCAGUCGGCCAGGAGCCAGGAGGUGCUGUCAAGUUACAUCGGCUGUCUGUUGACCGGCACUGUCGCCGGUGUGGAGUCGGUGUUUCACUGAGCCAAAAGGUCCUGGAGUUUGCUCUCACUCGUGGAUACUCCUCGGUUUUCCUGGGAACCAUAGCUUACACGGCCGCCCCCCACCGGCUCUACCAGCGCGUGGGCUUACGCUGUGUGGGGGUCACCAACGGAUACAUCACACCUGGUGCAAAACGGUCCUUACUGGAACACAUUUUCUACAGGGUCCGCAUUCAUCACUAUAGCCUCGAUGUGCAAAAACUCCGACUUACUGUCAGUGCAGAUAAAUAAAAAGUGCAUUUAGCAGUACUAGAAAAAUUACAUCAUCAACUUUGUUUGUAUAGAAAAUGUCAUACAACUUGCUUGUGCUUUAGAACAUAAGGGGAAAUUACAUAAUGCUAAAUUACAUGGAAAAUGCACUUGAUACAAUAAGAUGAAAUAGAAUGCGUAAGAUGGAAAAUAAAAACCAAUGAAUAAAUAUAAUAUUAAAAUUUGUAUUUGCAGGAUGCACAAUCAAUGUACACUGCAGCAGCCUCAAAAGGUCACCGUUCUCUUCUACUCUGUUAUUAGUGUUUCUUUUCCUUUCUGCAUUAGUGGGGAGGAUUUUAAUAUUUAAAAACG